ACACCAUCACCCCGAGUCAUAUACCUAUUUCUUGGAUAUUUCUACAUGUUCGCGUCGCCCACGAAAGCCAGGCGGCGAGCCAAGGCCCCAGUUGGUACUCUCGGCGCGAGACUACGGCAGCAACGCGCACCUUCACGCAAACUAAACGAAAACGUCUUCCCGUCAUCACUCCCGCCAUCGUCGCCGAUACCUACAUCGUCUAGACAUCCGAGCUCAGAGGGAGAAGCAGAGCAGCAACUUGUUUAUUCAGAUUUUGGGUCGUUGGUAGAGGAGGAACCUGAGGUUGAGGAGGAACGGAAAAAGGAGGAGGAGGAUGACCCAUUCGGAUUCUUUGCUGUCGAACGCAAGCUCAAGACUCUGCGUGCAUUGCGUCCGCUACCGGAGCCAGAACCAGAGCCAGCUGAAGAGGAAGACAUUCCUGUCCAACAUAACGCAAUGCCUUCCACUCCACACAAACCACGGCCGGGGACGCGACCGUUCAGCCCUGUGACCAGCAGCCCAUCGCCCAUAAAGCCUACCACUUCUCUGACUCAAAACCCGCCUGCAGAUGAGCCUUCAUCCGAAACUGAAGUCGAAGAGCCGGUGCCACAGCCUAGGCGGAGUGCGAGAAAAAGAACGAGGGUGGACGAGAAGACGGAAUCAGUUAAAAGAAGGAAGCCGGUUUCCAGGGUGAAGAAGGUGGACGAACUGGAACUAGACGCCUCAGACCCGCCGAAGGCGCCAACGAAAAAGAAUACACGCGUCUUGGCGUCGAAUUCCAAGUCCAAACCCGCCUCCAAAACUAAACCCAAGUCGACGACAAAGCCAAAGAGUGCCAAGAGCGAGACCAAGUCAAAAAGUAAAGGCAAGGAGCGAGAAAAAGACGAUAACAGUGAAGAUGAGGCUGAGCAACUGGUAGUCGACCGACUUGCUCGCAUCGCAUACUUCAAGAAAUUAGACGACUACAGCUUUGAGAAGGAAAACGUUUAUGUUGUAUAA